GGGGGUUCUCCGUCGCUGCGGCGGCUCCGGCGUCCUGCGAAACCCGCGGCCGCCUCCGCCCGCCCGGGGCGCGACCCGCGCUCCGCCGCCGGCUCCGCGCGGCGGCCCGGUUGGUCCCGCCGGGCGUUGGCAAACGAGGCCGCCGGUGGCCGCGCCCGGAGGAGUUACCGCGUAUCGGCAAAAGUCAGGAAAAACAAAAUGAAGGAACUAGUGUCAAACAGUACAACCAAUAUAUCUCAAGCCAGGAAAGCUGUGGAGCAGUUAAAAAUGGAAGCAUACAUGGAUAGGAUGAAGGUAUCCAAGGCUGCAGCAGAUUUAUUGGCAUAUUGUGAUGCUCAUAUUGCAGAAGAUCCCCUUAUUAUUCCAGUGCCUGCAUCUGAAAAUCCCUUUAGGGAGAAGAAACUCUUUUGUACUAUCCUUUGAGUCAGUUUUCAAUUAAAAAUGUCUUCUGCUAAAAUUUGGUAUCAGUGUUGCAUGCUUUUAGUUUUAGCAUUUUUUCUUCAGAUCUCAAUACUUAGCCUAUAACUACAAUAUUUUUAGAAGGUAGUGCAUUUUCUGGUAAAAAAUAAAAGUAAAAAUCCUAAAAAACUCAAGGUAAUCCUUACCUUUCAGACCAAUGUAUAAGUUUAAUUUCAGUUCUUCAUAAAGAUUCUUUUGGUCUUAAUGAAAGCAUCGAGUACAGUAUCAAAUUGUAGAUAUCUUUGCCAGUCAUAGAUUUUUCUGAGACCUAAAUAAGUCAUACCAGUUCUGAAGCUAUUUUUAACAUUCUUAUUUUCUUUGGAAGGUGAAUUUAAUUCAUUUGCCUUUACAAAUUUAUAUCUAAAAAGAGUAGUGUGACCUUUCCUCAAGUAGCACUGUGUAGGAAGAAAUGCCAGUGAUUUAUGAUGUUUGGAACGAUCAGUCUUAUACCGUAAGUGGUGUUUAUAAAUAUGUUUUGUGAAGACUGUAAUAAACUUGACUAUGAAAACAAUUGUUGUAAAGCAACAUUGUAACUACAGGCAAAAUGAAGAUGUAUAGUUACACACCAGGACUGCAUCAAUAAAACUGUGUAGAGAAAAGUG